UCUGGCAGUGGCAGGUGUAUGUUUUGUCCGCAUCUCUCUAUCUCUCUCUCUCUCAGUCUUCUUGUUGAAUUGCUGAAGUAGCUACUAUAUUUUGAUCUUUCUUCUGGCUGGCAGAUUCAGGGCCACUUGAGGAGGAUAAGUCUGCCGUCUGGAUUUGCUCUAUGUGCCAUAGAUUAAGUGGCACAUGCUUUGAUGAGUUCAUGACGCAUCUCUCUAGUCAAGAACAUGCAGACAGGAUUCCGUUCUUUAUCCCAAAAUACACGGAGAAUACCAUGAUUAAGGAAUACGAGAAGGAGUUUGCCGAUGUGGAGGAUGCCGAUGAUGAGGAGUCUACCGAUGAGGAGGAUGCCAUUAUUAAGUUUUCCGAUGAUGAGUUUUCCUAUGAUGAGGAUGCCGAUGAUUUUGAGGCUCCCCUUGAUGACGAAGACGACGAGGAGGAAUACGAGGAGGAGGAUGCCGAUGAGGAGGCUUACAAAGCCAGAGUUGACCCUCCCCCUUGACUCUUUUGUGGAUAAUGCUACUACCAUGGUGAGUGAACAAGCAAUCAAAAGGCCUUUUUUGAUAUCUAUCUGAACACGUUGAGAUUUCUAAUCUUUCGAAUUCUGUGGUUUUCUGGAUGAAUACGAAAACAUUGUAAAAGAGGAAGACGUGAAGAUGAAGCUUGGAGAGUUACAUGGCCCUUGGUGUUGUUUCUUCUUUAAGGCCUUUCGUAUGGUGUGAAUGCUUUGCUCUAUAGUUCUUGCGGCAAUUUUUAUGUGAACUUAUUAUAUCUUUAGCGCCAU